UAGAGGGCAAAGUUGAAAGGUCUGAGAACGCCUGCAUUUUGAUGGCGUCGUUCGGCUGGAAGCGGAAGGUUGGCGAGAAGGUGUCCAAGGCAGCGGUGCAGCUGUUCGAGGCAGAGGCAGAGACAGAGGCAGAGGGGGCCGUCCACGAGCCGGACAACGAUGAGGUGGACUGGCUCCAUGCCAUCAAGCGGCGGCGCGAGGCGCUGCUGGAGGACUGCGCUGCUAAAAGCAAGAGACUGAAGGAUGAGGGGGCCUUGCUGGCUGAGGAGGGCAGGCACUGGGAGGCCAUUAAGAGAUGGGAUGAAGCAAUACAGCUGACUCCAGAAGAUGCUGCUCUGUAUGAGAUGAAGUCACAGGUCCUGACGCUCCUGCAGGAGGUUUUCCCUGCCGUGCAGGCAGCCGAAACGGCAAUGAAGCUCCGCCCCCUCUGGUGGGAGGCGUGGCAGACCCUUGGGCGGGCUCAGCUCAGCCUGGGAGAGGUGGAUCUGGCCGUGAGGAGCUUCCAGGUGGCCAUCCACCUGUGCCCGUCGGAGCGCCCCCUCUGGGAGGAGGACCUCUCCUGGGCCCAGAGGCUGCAGCGGCAGAGUAAGGAGAUGCACGAGAAGGCCAAGCAGGAAGAGGAGGCCAGGCAGCAGCUGCUCCACGCUCCCGAGCUCGUGCCCGACUAUGACUUUGAGAGCGACGAGGUGGUGGCAGCCUGCGCAGCCAUCGCGGAGCGGCAGAAGAGCUACGAGAGCCUCAAGAAGACCGCCGUCCUCAUAGACGCCCACGGGACGGUGGUGACGACCGUAGAGAGCAAGGACAAUCCGUCGCCACCCCAGAACCAGUUCGUCAAGGCACGGGGGCUGUGACGCGGUCGGCUGACGUCGGCCGGAUUUAUUGGUCUUAGCUGUAGAUGUUUUUUUGUUUGGUUAGGUUUUCUCGUUGCUCCUCGUGGGAUGCUUGCAAUGGCCUUUCUCAAGGGAAGAUUUUCGAAUUUGGACACGGAUGUUAGGCUCAUCCAUUUGUUUUCUUUCGUGGUGUGUACGCAUUCUUUUUGUGUUCAUUCAUUUGAAUGUGCAGAAGAGUCUGACUAAUGUUCUUUCACAAUCAGCAAAUUCCGGUUCAAAAUAUAAUUUGCAGUCUUCCAUAUUUAUUAAUUUCUAAGGGGAGGGACGUAGUUUUCUGUCUGUGCAGCACAUCUGUCUUGUUUGAACAACUGCAGUAAACGGAAGAAGUACAUAAUUCACACCCAUCUUGGGUAUGAAGAAAUGUGCUAGAUUAUACAAAGCCAUUUGUACCAGAGGAUGAUCAGCAUUUCGGACAUGCCUUCAUUCCCCCACAGGGCUUAUGUUAAUGACAUGAUGAAUUUCAAGUGAGUUUUCAAGUGAACAAGACAACAUUAUUUCAUAAGGCAAUUUCCAUGCUUUUCUGAAACUGGUCAUUUUGUUAAAGCCCAAAUUAAGAUAUUGUGUAGGAAAAAGAUCACAGCACAGUAACCUCAAGACCCUGUGUGGUUUAAUUUAGUGGAAGCAUAUCGGUUUUAUUUAUUAAAAUAUUCAUUACAGGUAAUGAAUGUUUUAAUAAUGAAACAUAAAAUGUAAAAUGGUUCCUGGCAGUGUAAAUAAUAUAGACUGAAUAGGAUACCUGCUACUUCAAUUUAUUUAUAAUUUACUUUUAUGCCAGGGCUUUGUCCUUGCUGUUCCUGGCUGUUUGAAUUCUGACGUAAUUCCUUCCACUUGGCAGUAAAGUUGAAAAAUGGGAGUACCACAUGAAAGAAUCAGCCCUGCAUGGAAUGUGGGCAAAGCCUGGAUCUGAACUGGUGCCCUUCAGUGAUGGAGAAAGCUUUUACUCUGGAAAUGACUUCAAUGACUUGAAUUCUAAUGCAGUAAACUAAGUAGCUGUUGGAAAUGCACUGUAAAUGUAAAUGAAAAUGAUGGUUCUCCUGCCCAAGGGCAAUUCAUGGAUGGGUUCAUGGGAAGAAAGCUGAAUUUUUUGCUUUUAGCUCAUAAAUGAGUUUGGACCAUCAAAUCUCGAUAUUGUUUAUGUAAGACUUAGGAGUAAAAACUCAGCAGUCCAAAAAUCCCUUGCCUUGAGCAUAGGAGACUGAUCCUGGCUUUGGCAACUCGGGGUGUCAGCAGCUGCUGAGUUGUUCUGAAUUAUAGCUGGUGCCAUCCCAAAGCCUCUGUACCAACUCUCAGCGCAAUAACUGCGACUUCAUUGGCUGUAGGGACAGAAGAACUCCAAAGUUGGCACAGCUGGUGCAGAGGUUGCAGUUGAGUCAGAUUACUUCUGUUGCUCAACUAAGCAAACAGCUACACAGCCAAGGUUCUUUUUUGCAUAGGCUAGCAGCUUGUAAUUGCACAGCAUUUUGACUAAUGUGAUAACGACAGAUGGUUACUGAUACUGGCACUGACUGCUCCUAGGGUAAACGGAUGUUGUACCAGGAGGUAAAUAAAUGCUACGGUAUCAUGCGAUAUUCUCUGGGAUAUUACAUUACUAAAGGAGUCUAUACAUUAAAUCUUUAGGCAGUAGUAUGAAGUCAACAGCAACAAUUCAUACUGACUUGCAGAGAUUAAUUAUAGUUAGUCCACUUCAUGCUCCAGUCUAUGGUCAUUUGGCAUCCAUAGUAACACCAGAAGAUAGAGGAGGAAGCUAUUAAAAGGAUGUCUUUUGAUUGAACUGCCAGGAAUCAUGAACAGAGGCUGAAACCAACAAAGUAUUUGCCCUUUCAAGAGGCCACCAUAAAGCUACAUCCAUUACUGCAAAUGCUUUGAGACCACUGAGUUCCCAACCAAGAAUAAAAAGGAAAUUGUUGUCAGAGAAAAAUUUCCAUCAAAUGCUUCCAUUUCCUCUUGUCACAAAUGGAAUCCCUCUCAAUAUUACAGGAACUUUUCCAUUCAAGUUCUAUGAUGUGAAAUAAUGUUCUUUCAUUUGAGCUAAAAUGCACACCAUGUAAUAACUAUUGUACAGUGAAGUUAAAGUAUUAAAAUCACACAGUUGUUUCCCUGAAUAAAGAUUCUUAGAAAUCAGAUAAUGACUUAGAUAAUGACUCCUGCAUUUGUAAUGGUUGUAUGUACCUUAUGCUAUUCCCGUAAUUAACCAUUGUGAAGACAUAUUGAACUAAGAGUCUUGUAUUCAUGGUUUUCUUUUAUUCUCUAUCAUUUUGCAAUGAGGUUCCAGCAUGGCUGAUAUCUGACAUUCUAGAUUACUAACAUUUCCUGUGAAAUAUUAAUGGGUCAAAAUAUAAAAGCAAUGUGAAAAUGUGUUGUCUACCUGAUUAAGAAGUUGAGGGCGAGAGCGGGUGACAUCUGUCUCAAUAUAAAUAAACAGCAUGAAAUAUCAGGGUUCUAUAAUCUGACAGUCAUUUUGAGUUUGAUAUAUCAAUAAACAUUGAUUUGAUUAUCUUCUGUUUGCAAAGUCAUUCCCUUGACAUUAUCUGCUGUUAAGACAGAACGAGAUUGGAUUAAUCCAGAGGCUGGUCUUGUGUGAGGGCCUCUGUGGCAGUAGGCUUUGGUUUGAUGGAAG